AUGUUACACUCCAGAUUCUACCAAGAAGCUGAACGACGGUUUGGGAAAUUCACAGUGGAUCGAUUUGCAUCGGCACACAAUACACACACAGAUAAGUACUACACCAAAAUUCAUAACGCGCUACAACAAAAGUGGGCGCAGGAAGUGAAUGCAUGGGCGAACCCACCAUGGAAACUCAUACCUGAUAUCCUUGACGAAAUCAUUGAAGAGGCAACCAGCAUCACGAUAUGUGCACCAUACUACCCCAAUGCAACGUGGUUUCCAAAAUUCUUGUCUUUACUAGAAGAAGACCCGAUGCUAGUGGAAAAGACAAACAAUACUUUCCUCAAAGAAGGCAAGAAAGCUUGUGGCAAGACCCCAUGGGGUGUCACAUUAGUCGUAAAGAUAGGAGUGAAGUGUCCAUAUCUUGACUCAACGCGGGAACAACGUGCCAUACACGUUGCAGCAUCAGAACCAGUUCACUCUGGAGAUGCACCACAGGCAACAGAAUACGAGACACGUGUCAACCUCAUCGAGCAAUACCACAAAUUGAGAAUUUACACUCUUGAGGAACCGAUACAUAAGUUGGAAGCAAUGGACAUGGUUGGCCUGAUAUCCAACAACAUGUACACAAGUUCAUUGACGGAUGCAUACCAUGUCUCAAAAAUAAGAUACACAAAAAAGGAAUUCCAUCCCUUACAAUCAAUCACAGCCACAUUUCCAGGCGACAGAGUCCAAGUGGACACCAUAGGGCGGGCCACUAUUGGAUUCCAACAGAGGGCACACAUAUGUGUUAGUAUGGCUCGAUGUACACUCAUCCGUAUGUCAUAUUACUCCGAUGAUGGACAAAUGAGCGGCUACUAUAGCACGCACGCUAGUACCAAUCAUGUGUGA